AUGACAACCGCAUCUGGGGACGGGGCGCCGCCGCCAGGCGGAGGGAGCCCUGGCGCCCAGGAGGAAGUUCGCUGCGCAGUUGGAACGAAAAUUUACGUUUCAGAUCUCGCUGCAGUCUGGCAAACAGCCGAAGUUGUCCGCAUCGAAGAGGACGGGUCGAUAACUGCGCGGGUGGAUGCUGACAACGAACUGGUGCGGCUCACCAAAGGCGAUACCUGGUAUCUCUGCAACACGGACGUCUGGAACACGACCGGCCUGAGUGCGCCGACGGAUCUGACGAUGCUUACUCACUUGCACGAGGCGGCGGUGCUCGAUUCGCUCAAUCUGCGUUUCGACAUCGACGAAAUCUACACCUUCACCGGCCCCAUUCUGAUUGCAGUCAACCCGUUCAAACAAAUCGCGGGCUUGUACGAUAUGAAGCAAUUGGUGCGCUACAUCCGGAAUCCCCAGUUUUCCUCGCCUCUUCGCGCGGCUGUGUCUGCGGGGGACGAAGAGAUUUCCUCUGCGCCAGCGCAUUUGCCCGUUUCGCGUCUGCCUCACGUGUUUGCGUCGAGUAGCGCGGCGUAUGAAGGCAUGUGCAACGACAAGCAGAGCCAGACGAUCCUGAUUUCGGGAGAGAGUGGCGCGGGGAAGACAGAGAGCACCAAGUUCGUGAUGAAGUUCCUCGCCUGCGCAGGCAGCGACGACCUCGAGCGCAGGUCGCAAGUCGAGGCGCAAGUCCUCGAGAGCAAUCCGCUCCUUGAGGCCUUCGGAAACGCCCGCACGCUGCGCAACGACAACAGUAGUCGCUUCGGGAAAUUCAUCGAACUCCAGUUCGAGACCAGCAAACGAAAGGGCGUCGCCGGAAACAAAGGAAGGUUGUGCGGCGCGCGAAUUCAGACCUAUUUGCUGGAAAAAGUCCGCGUCUGUGAUCAACAGGAGGGCGAGCGGAACUAUCACAUUUUUUACCAACUCUGCGCGGCUGCGGAAGUCGCCGCGCAGAACGGCGGAGUCUAUCGCUUUCCUUCUGCGAAUUUUCGAAAGGCAGCCGAUGCGAAACCGCAGGAGAUGGAUUUGAGCUUGUUUGAACCGCGCGACAAGUUCAAGUACCUGACCAAGAGCAGCUGCUUCCAGCUGCAGGGGGUGGACGACUGCGAGGAGUUCGACAGCACGGUCUUCGCGAUGCAGACUGUCGGCAUCGCGCUGGAGGAACAACUCAACAUCCUCUCAGUCGUCGGCGCGGUGCUGUGCCUCGGGAACGUCCUCUUCGAGACCCCAAAGGGCAACAGCGAGGCUUCGCAAGUCGCCGCCAGCUGCGCCGAGUACGUCGCGAAGGCCUGCAGACUCCUCGGCGUCGACAUCGAGACGCUGCAAGAGGCCAUGUGCUACCGCACCAUCAAAACAAUGCACGAAAGCUACAGAAAGCCGCUCAAGACGGACGAGGCGUUUGAGAUGAAGGACGCGUUGUGUCGGGCACUGUAUGGCUGUUUGUUCUUACAAGUCGUGUCGCGGACGAACGAGUCGAUCGGUUACUUGCGCGUGGUGCGGGAUCCGUCGAACGUGUUGCUGUUUUGCGGAGUCCUCGACAUCUUUGGCUUCGAGUGCUUCACGUUCAACUCGUUUGAGCAGCUCUGCAUCAACUUCACCAACGAGCGCCUGCAGAACUUCUUUAACACCUUCGUCUUCAAGUGCGAAGAGGAGCUCUACCGCGCCGAGGAGAUCCGCUGGAACCCCCUCGAUUUCCCCGACAAUGCAGACUGUGUGGCUCUGCUGCAGGACAAACCCCUCGGCGUCUUCUCCAUGCUCGACGAAGAGUGCAUGGUGCCUGCCGGCAAAGACCGCGGCUUCAACAACAAAGUCUGCCAAAAACACGCAGGUCACAAACGCUUCGGGGUGAUCAAGACGAAGCCGAAUUGCUUUGUGAUUCGGCACUUCGCGGGCAGCGUGGAGUACUGCUCGGACGGCUUCCUGGAGAAGAACAAGGACCAGCUUUCGCUGGAUCUCCAGGAGGCGAUAAAGACCUCUUCGGUUCCUUUUGUCGCGCAUCUCUUCACGGCGUUUUUGAAUCGCGGCGCGCCCAAGCGGAGAUUCGUGACGGUCUCCAGCGAGUUCAGGGAGCAGUUGUCGGCGCUGAUGGAGACUGUGGACAAGACCGCGCCGCACUUCAUUCGAUGCAUCAAGCCAAAUCCGCAGAACUUGCCGGACCUCUUUGACCGCGUCACCGUGAACGAACAACUCCGCUAUGGGGGUGUGCUGCAGGCGGUUCAGGUGAGUCGCGCGGGCUACCCCGUCCGCCUGUCGCACCGCGACUGCUUCCUCGACUACAAGGCGCUGGCGGACUCCGCUGUCCUCGCGCGUCUCGCGCAGACUCGCCUGCCGACUCCACAGGCCGCAGACUGGCGGGAGGCCGCCCAGCAGCUUCUCACGCACCUCGACGAGAAAUUCAACUUUGAGCGCGGCAGACGCUACGAAGACGAAUCCCGCGAUCACGCACAAGACAAGACCUGGGCUGUCGGCAAAACGCUGUGCUUCUUCAAAAACGAGGCGUUUGAAGUGCUUUCGUCGAAUUUGAUGAAUGCGCGGAUCGCGGCGGCGACGAAGAUUCAGGCGCGUUACAAGGGCUUCGUGCAGCGGCGCUUCUUCGUGAUGUAUCGGCAGACGGUGAUCUUCCUGCAGGCGCAUGUGCGUUCCUUCCUCGCGAAGCUGGAGCUGCGCAGACUGCGUCGGGAGCGCGCGGCGCGGCGGCUGCAGUGCUUCGUACGCGGCGCCCUCGCGCGCGUCCGCUUCCUCCGCGUAAUCGCCAACGUGAAGAAGAUCCAGGCGGCGUGGAGAGGCAAGAAGACGCGCGCGCAAGUUCGCUCCAUGGUCCUGGACCGCGCCGCCAGCAAAAUUCAAGCUACGUGGAAGAUGCACAUACAAAGCGUCUCCUACAGAAAACUCAAAAAGGCUGCCACCAUCGCCCAGCUCAAAUGGAAGCGCAUUCUCGCGCGCAGGCUGCUGCGCCGUCUGCGCGAGGAAGCGCGAGAGGUAACGGGGUUGUUGAAGAAGGCGCAAGAUCUGCAGCGCGACUUGGGGGAGGAGCGUAGCAAGCGCGGCGAGGCCGAGAGCCACGUCCUCCAGCUGCACGCGAAAAACGACGACUUGAUGAAGGAAGUCCAGCGGCUGCAGAAAGAGCUCGCACACGCCGAAGAGGAAGUCGCGGCUCUCAAAGCGUCGAACGAGGACUUUGCGUCGCAAGUCAAGCAGCUGAAGGAGAGCUUGACGACGGGCGCGGCUUCAACGCCGACAGCUCCACAGCAGACGCUGACGACGAAGCGGCGGAUGUCUGGUCAGGAGAUGCAUCCCUCACAAGCGGAGAAGAUCGCGGCGCAGACAGAGGAGGAGCUACGCGCGCUGCGCGAGGAGCUGGAGAAGCGCGAGGCGGAGGCGCAGCAGCAGCAGUCGGCGCACGACACGUUGAUUUCCCAGCUGCAGGCGUCGCUACAGUCUGCGGAGGCUGCCCUCGAGCAGGAGAAGCAGCAGCGCAGCGAGGCGGAGGCGCGCUACAAGCUCGUGCUCGAAGACUCGAGCUCGCUGCACUGCCGCUUGUCUUCCUCAGGCGGGACCAGCCAGCCGCCGCCAGCCAAAGUGCCUCCGCCCGCGGCACCGGCAGCGGAAAGCCCGGCGGCGCAGAGUGCGCCCGCCCCUGCGGCGGAGGAAGCCGCGAAAGGGACGUCUGCUGCACCGCUGGCGUUUGUGCCGUUUGCGCCUGAAACGUGGGAGUGCGUUCUCCACGACCAACGAUGGAUUGACUUGCUGCUGCUGGGGCCUGCGGGCGUCGGAAAGACUGGACUCGUGGAGCAGUUCCUCGUCAAGCUCGGCGACGAAGUGCACCUCGAGCAGUUGCGCGUGAGCCGCAAGAUGGAGGAGCAGGCGCCCUACAGCAAGCUGCCGCAGCACUACGAGUUGGUCUACUCGCGCGGCGAGGGAAAGCUCGCCGUGCAGCACCUCGGCAUUGCCCCGGGCGCCGGCGAACAACCAGAGGAGGAAGUCACGCGGCUCAACUUGCUGGACUUCCCUGGGCUCAGCCGCACGAAGCAGAAUCCAAAUCUGCGCGUCAAACAGGCCUUCGUCGUUGCCGUCGUCUACGACCCCACACAACCUGAGACCUGCGAAGAGGCGCUGCGCAUCCUCACCAACGUCGUCCUUCCCAACCGACCCAAAUUCGACAGACCCGACGCCGUCACCGCCUGCUUCAGCGGAAGAGUCUACCUCAUCGAGAACGGAUGGCGUGUCGCCUCGCGAGAAGCGCCCAUUCAAGUCCACACCGCAGACGUGCGCGACAAAGCGGCUGGACUUCGCUGCCACUACCGGGAGCUGCUGCACCUUGAGACGCUGGUUGACGAGAUCGUGCCACUGAUGGCGGAAUGGCGGGCGACGCUGCAGCAGCAGCGGCUGGCGAUGCUGCAUCAUCACACGCGGCUGAUGCAGGCGCCAGAGAAGCCGUCUGCGACGCCGCCGGUCGUCUUGCCCCGUCUGGCGCCGGCGAGCGCGCAGGCCUCGUCGCGGUUGGCGCACAGUGCGUCGUUCGGUCGCGAAAACAGUCUCGAGAAGAGUUCGCCGGCGGGCGUCAGUCGGCACGGAAGUCUCUCGUCGAACUUCUUCGACAGCAUCCGUUCCUUCCUCUCCCAGUCCUCGCGCAGCAACUCCGUCAGUGGCUCGCUCUUCUCCGGUCAGGGCAAGCCUCCCAGCGAGCUGAAGCUCCUCAGGCCAAGCAUUAAGCCCGGCGGCGCUGCGCUUCUCAAAAAAUUCGGGAACGCCAUGCAAAAGGGCGCCGACGCCCACAGCGUCGUGCCCGUUCAGGAGCUGCAGGACUCGGACUCGGCGAUUACGUGCGUCGUGUUUGGCAAAGAGAAGGACAACCGGGACUACAUUUUGCUGGCGGCGGCAAGCAAGGAUGGAAGCGUCGUGAUUUACCGGUGCUACCGACUGGAAGCAGAGCGCCAGAUCUUCGAUCGGGAGCAAGUUUCACUGCUUGUCUCGCCGUCAGCCGCGAAGCCCGUCGACCGCCUCGACGGCAAGGAGCGCUACGGGCCCUCGGUCUCCGUCCACUCGCGCCUGGUCGGUCACAGCCGCGCCGUCACUUGUCUCUUCUUCUCUCUCCUCGAAGACCAGCUCAUCACUACAUCCAUAGAUAAAUCCGUUCGCUUCUGGCACGUGGAUACCGGAGACAUGCUCAAGGUCUUCACGGACUCCUCGCCUGCGCUCGCCGCCGCAUUCCUGCCCUUCAACCCCACGGCCUUCGUGGCAUCCAACUCGAACUCGAUUCUCCGCCUUGUCUGCGCGACCAGCGGAAGAGUGAUUCAAAAAUUGAAGGUCGAGAGUGAAGUUCGCGCACUCAAAUUCGAUGACACCGGUUUAUUCUGCUUUGCGGGCACGAAGGGCGGCGCAGUGCAUGUCCUCGAAGCGAGUGACGCGAUCAACAUCCGCUUCAAGUUCAAGACCGCCCUCGGGAAGGGCGCAGUGACUUGCAUUACGUUCGUGCCCAGCACCGGUCCCGGUCAGUAUCCGCGACUCUUGAUCAACUGCUGCGACUCCAGCGUCGCUAUCGUCGAGUGCAUCUAUGGACCGCCACCUGGCGUCCUCACGAAUCUCCUCGUUCGACACCGCGUGCGAAUCGCGCACAGCCUCCUUCCGCUUCGCUGCUGGUUUUCUAACUUUGGGGGCGGCUGGCUGAUUACUGGAAGCGAAGACAAGGAUGUCUACUGCUUCUCGCUCCAAAACGGCGCCAACUUCAAGUCUGUCUCGCUCAAAUAUCAUCAGGCGCCCAUUUUGGCGGUUGCGACGAACCUGCAGGACACGCUGCUCGUUUCCGCAGACUCAACGGGGAAGUUGGUGCUAUGGCGCAGCCUCGACUUCUCUGGAGUGGACGCGGGGGCGAGCUCACGCGCGCGGGUGGCGUGA